CUAGCAAACUCUCGUCUCUGCCUUCCCCCUCUCUUCUCUGUCUCUCUUAUACGUAGUCCUUAAUCUUAAACCCAAUUUCUGAUAUGCUCCUGUCUUCGUCUUCGUUGUCUUCGGUUGUUCCCUUACCGAAAAAGGUUUCAAUGGAACCAAGGCUGUUGCUUUCUUCAACUACAGCUUUACCCGCUGCUUCCUUACCCUUUUUUCUGUCAUACAAAUCUUCACUUCAUUUAAGACCCAGACAUUCUGUGAUUACCCAUAUCUCAAUCCCAAGGAUACAGCCGGAAAAAUCAAACUUUUGGGGGAGUAGUUUGGUUUUACCCGAGAGAGAUGUUAUUUUGGGUGAUUUAAAACAUGUCCAAGUUGGACCCAUACGUGCUGCUGUAAAGAGAAGGAAGGAGCUUCCUUUUGACAAUGUCAUUCAAAGGGAUAAGAAGUUGAAGUUAGUUUUGAAGAUUAGAAAAAUUUUAGUCAGCCAACUUGAUAGGAUUAUGUCACUUAGAGAAUUAGGCAGGUAUAGAAGAGAAUUGGGUCUGCAGAAAAGGAGAAGAUUUAUUGCAUUACUGAAGAAAUUUCCGGCUGUGUUUGAGAUUGUUGAAGAAGGUGUUUUUUCAUUGAAGUUUAAAUUGACACCGGAAGUGGAAAGGCUUUAUCUUGAGGAGUUGCACGUUCGGAAUGAGAUGGAAGAUUUGCUGGUUGUGAAGUUGAGGAAAUUACUGAUGAUGUCGUUGGAUAAGCGGAUUUUGUUGGAGAAGAUUGCUCAUUUGAAGACUGAUUUAGCACUUCCUUUGGAAUUUCGUGAUACUAUCUGUCAUCGAUACCCACAGUACUUUAAAGUUGUUGCAACUGAGAGAGGUCCAGCAUUAGAAUUAACUCAUUGGGAUCCUGAGCUUGCUGUAUCAGCUGCUGAGUUAUCUGAAGAGGAAAAUCUUGCUAGAGAAAUGGAAGAGAAGGCUUUGAUUAUAGAUAGGCCUCUCAAGUUCAAUAGACUAAAGUUACCAAGGGGUCUUAAUCUCUCCAAGGGUGAGAUGAGGAGAAUAUGUCUGUUUAGAGACAUUCCUUACAUAUCCCCUUACUCUGAUUUCUCAGGGCUGAGGUCAGGUACAAUUGAGAAAGAGAAACAUGCUUGCGCAGUUGUCCAUGAGAUCUUGAGCCUUACUGUGGAGAAGAAAACUCUUGUAGAUCACCUUACUCAUUUCCGCGAGGAGUUCAGGUUCUCUCAACAGGUCAGAGGAAUGCUGAUAAGGCACCCUGAUAUGUUUUAUGUAUCACUGAAAGGAGAUCGAGAUUCAGUAUUCCUUAGGGAUGCAUACCGUGAUUCUCAAUUGAUAGACAAGGAUCGUCUGCUGAUUAUAAAGGAGAAGCUUCGUUCUAUCAUUGCAGUGCCACAGUAUUCUAGAAGGGGUGCUCCAAAUAAAGCGGCAGAUGGUGCUGAAGGAACCAAUGUGGCACAAGAUGGAACUGAUGGUGAGGGAGAUGAAUGGUCUGAUACUGAGAACUUUAUGAGUGAUGAUGAUGAUGAGUUUGAUGAUGAUGAUGGUGAUGAUGAUGAUUGGAGUGAUGAAGAUGAAGAUACACCGCCAGAUUUCAAUGAACCAAGGAAACCAGCUAAUCAAGAAGGCUAUUCAACAGAGAAUGAUGAGAGGGUGCUUAUUCCAGUGUUGCCAGAUGGUCAGCCAAGAGAACGCUGGUAAACGUUGCCAUAUCUUAUCUGGCCCAAGGAUAUUCACUGAGGGGCUUGCUACAAUAUUUGUGUUUCUUCUAUUUGAUGGGGAAUUCAACUUGGUAUCUGCAAAGUUCUACAACCUGCUUUUAGUGCAAAGCAUAUAUCCUUUUUCUC